AAUAAUAAUAAUAAUAAUAAUAAUAAUAAUAAUAAUAAUAAUAAUAAUAAUAAUAAUAAUAAUAAUAAUAAUAAUAAUAAUAAUAAUAAUAAUAAUAAUAAUAAUAAUAAUAAUAAUAAUAAUAAUAAUAAUAAUAAUAAUAAUAAUAAUAAUAAUAAUAAUAAUAAUAAUAAUAAUAAUAAUAAUAAUAAUAAUAAUAAUAAUAAUAAUAAUAAUAAUAAUAAUAAUAAUAAUAAUAAUAAUAAUAAUAAUAAUAAUAAUAAUAAUAAUAAUAAUAAUAAUAAUAAUAAUAAUAAUAAUAAUAAUAAUAAUAAUAAUAAUAAUAAUAAUAAUAAUAAUAAUAAUAAUAAUAAUAAUAAUAAUAAUAAUAAU